CCAAUGAUGGUGCUAAUGGAACUAAUGCUUCAACAGCUGCUGCUCUAGCAACUACCACGACUGUUGCUCCCAUCGACCCAAUCGACAACUCAACUGAUGACGAUGAAUUCGAAGAGGUUGUCACAGUGGAGACCGCGACAACUACGCAGGCUCCACGUCCCGUGCGCUUGUUUUCGAAUGGAACGGUGCAACUGGAACUCAGCAAAUGCGCGUUGACGACAAUGCAGGAGUACUUCGUAGUGCUCUACAUCGAAGAUACAGAAGGCAAACUCGAUGGCGUCGUUGCUCCACCUGUGCCAUUGAAGAUUCCGUAUUCGAAUCUGCUAGUGCGCGCUGACGAUGACAGUCUAGCAACAGUGGCACGGAUUGAGCAAGUGGACAGUUCCGUUUUGAACGCGAUCGGCGGCCGCACUGACUUCUUGUUGCGCAGUGAGAUCAGCAAUGAGGUUUUCGCGCGUCAAGAAGCGGAUAUCCUACAAGCGACACCCCAACAAGCAGUUGACAUUGACGAAGAUGUGUUGCUGUUGUUGUCUGGUGUAGGGCGUUCGCCACGGCUGGAGUUCCUGUCAUCACCUGGGGAGGAGGAGGUCAAGGUGAGGUAUAGAAUACUCCGAAAUAGCGGAAACGCGUUUGCCAGGAUUUCACGGGUGCCGUUUUUGGAACAGAACAGCCUGCAAACCAUCAAGUUGGCCAACGCUGCCGAGAGCAUAUCGGAUCUGAAGAAUCGGAUUGUGGAUGACAGUUGCAAUGGGGUGAUGUAUAGGCAAGACCAUCGCUUGGAUUCUGCUCCAGCUCCUUCGUCUGCGGUAGCUGCAGCAACUACUAACUCCUCUGCGAAUAGCAGUGUGCUGUCUUCAGGUACCUCUUCAUUGCUGGAUGGCGAAGAUGAUGUUGAAACUGUGACGGGUGAUAAGAAGGACAAGAACCAGCCUCGUGCGAUCUUGACGCACAAGAUUGCGAGUGCAGAAGGAGUCACCUUCGUGAACAAAUACCACGACAUCGCUUUUUCCAGCUGCAAAGGCCUCAAGAAGAACGCUGCGGGCAUUGCGGCGACUGGAUUGGUCUACUUACUCGAAGUCUAUGUCGAAGACGAGGACAUGUCGGGAAUCAAGGUUGUCGGCAAGAAGUUUGAGGAUGAAUUCGUGUACAAAGCAGGCAGUUUUUCACUCUCUUCUGGGGGUAUCUUCACGGCCGAGUACGGUUACGACAAGGUGAAUGCGGCGGCAGCGGAGAAAGAGCAAGCGGUGAUAAAAGCGAAAACGGUCAGUGUGAUUCAACCCGUGGGGGGCUACACUGCAGAAGCUGCGAUGUUAGAGCAGGCUGCGGAACUUGCUAGCAGUAUGGUUACAUCUUCGGGAGCAGUGAUGACUUCAUCUACUUCAAGCACGAGUUCAUCUGCCGCGGCCUCCUCUCCAUCAAGUACCGCGAGUUCCAGCACGAUGUCCAGCAGCGGAAGCGGUAGCAGUGCUGGUUCGUCCUCGUCAUCCUCGUCGUCUGGAAUGGGUGGACCUUCUUCGAGCAGUAGUUCUAGCAGUAGUUCUAGCAGUGGCUCCUCCUAUGGAGGCUACAGACGUGAGCUGAUGACCUCUACUAGUAUCGACUACGCUUCCAACGACUCCAG